AUGAGCACUACGUUUUCCUAUCCCAUUACCGCCAAAGGAGAGCAGGAGGUGCUGCUACCAAUCAUUAAAGCUUGCGUGAGCGGCUUCGCCGACAUCUCCAAUGUAGAACUCGCAGAGGCGAUCAAAGUUCUCCAAGGAGUCACCCACCGCUCCCCUCUCCUACCUUUCAUCUGUCCCUCAGGCAUAUCGGAGCUCAAAGGGAUCUUGCUCGACUCGCUAGAAGAAGAAGAAGACGCGGACAUAGAGCGAUCUGAGGAUGGCUUGCACAACGCCUUGUUCAAUAUCGAAGCAUACAGGAAGGCAAUGGAGCAGGUAGAGGAGGCUGAGACAACGAUGAAAUUCUACAAGGUCCAAAUGAAGAAAGCGCAAGAGCUCUUCGUAUACACGAUCAUGUACCAGAAGAAACAAGAGAAGGCUCGGGAGACAGGCCAAAUUGUCACGCCCAAUUACGCCGCCUGGCUUACAACUCGACCAGUAAUCACACUCGAGGUCAUGGAAAAGGAGGAUUGGGUGAAGCGGAGGCUGGAGAAGAAGAAGGCCGAACGGAAGACGGGGGUGAGCAGGGAGCAAAGGGACUUCGUCUGUGUGGUGGCAGAGACGCUGAAGAAGAACCGCGUCCUCUUCGAAGGCGAUACAGAGAUUUUGGGAUUGUAG